GCUCAACAUUGGUCUGGAGCAGACAUCAUCAACGGCUGGUGCGCCUUCUUUCCAAAGAUACAUUUGUCUGCUGUGAAUUCUAAUAGGAUUUGUUUAGCCCCUGCUUUUCCCUCGUCCAAAGAGGCCUUUGUAUUGUGAGCUACUUAACAACUGCAAUGUAGUAAUCAGAGCUGGCAAUGUGGCAGAGAAAAUACCUCUGUCUUCUAUCGUUCGGUACAUGGGUGGACAUGUGAAACGAGAGCAAUUCGUUUCGCUCGGAAAGAGUGUAUUGCUGCCGUCAUGGUUGCUUGAAUGUUGGGCUCAUCGAGACGAUUUCGAUUUCGACCCGAAGAAAAGCGAACUAAUUUCAAAGCACCGAAUUGGAGUGUUCGAAAGAUUGAAGAUUUUCGUGUAUGGUUUCAAUGAAGUUGAGGAUGAGGACAUCAAGCGUGGAUCAAUCGUGACGGAUUUUUCGGAGGCAACGCAUUGCGUCAUAAAUUCAUCAACAUUGGAUCUAAACACAUUACCGUCUUUUAAAGACCAGAAACUUGUGACAAAUGAGGUUGCGACUUUGUUGUUGUGA